AAAACAAAAAACGAAGAAGAAGAAAUUUGAAAAUUGAAAGCCGUCGCCAUCGAUUAGCCGUUUGAAUUUUUAUUCUUUUUCGUAUUAAUACUGAAAACUGUGUUUAAGUGAACGGUUUUAGGUGAUAGCAAUCAAAAAACGGUAUGGAUAAUCUAGAAAAGACGAAGGAAAACAUCCAACCGCUGCGCGGAGGAAGAAAUAUGGAACGAUUGGAAACGGCUCUUAGUUCCGAGUCGCAGAUAUUGAAGGAGCGCAGCUCUUAUGAAGAACGCAUUGAGAAAUAUGAAGGAGAAGAUCCUUUGCAGCCCUGGUACGACUACAUAUGUUGGAUUGAACAAACUAACCUAUCGUGUGGAGGAAAACAUACUUCCAAUAAUGCAAUUUUACUGGAAUGCAUUAGAAAAUUUGAAAACGACACACGCUAUCAACAAGAUCAUCGUUUUAUCAAACUUUGCAUUAAACAUAUUGAUACUCAAUCAGCCCCGCAAGAACUAUAUCAAGAGUUGUAUGAACGUGGAAUUGGAACACUAUGUGCCGAGAUGUACAUCGGAUGGGCAUACUAUUACGACGCAGAGGAUAAUUUUUCCCAAACAGAGGCAAUAUAUCAGAGAGGAUUUGAUGCCGGUGCUAAACCACGAGAAGAAUUGGAACAAGCGCAUCAACAGUUCGGAUUUUCAAUGUCACAACGCAUGCUGCAUAAAGACGAGUCUUCAAAAAUGAAAUUCAAAAGUACAUUGGAAGAACGCCGAAAUGCCUUGACUUCCUUAAGAACACACAAUAAGAAACACGUUAGCAGUACUCGAACUGGAUUAGCCGUACGUAGCACUGGCCCUGGAAUAGUUGAACAGAGAAACCCUGUCCAUUCGCAAAACAAUGCUCAAAUAGCAAUCCAUACAGAAGGAAAUAACGAAAAAGAUGCUUCUUCUAAAAACCAUUCCAUUGUACAUUCGCUGGUUAAUAUGAAUCGUGAUCGCGAAAAUGUACGUGAACCCGGACCUUGGACUAACGCUAAGUGUAACAAAAAACGCGGACCGCUUUUUGCAACAUCACACGGUCCAUCUUUUGCGAUUCCAGAAGACUCAAUCGAACUGGAACCAGUUCCAUUGACAGUGAACAAUUAUGAUAGUCCGAUAAAAUUACCAUCAAACCACAAACCAACUAAUUACCCACAGAAACCUUUUAUCGUUAAAGCAUGUGACGACGACAAACCAGGUGGAUUUCCAAUGUAUGACAAAUUGGCACUUUACUGUUGCGGUGACAAGGAAGACUUCAGUCUGGAGGAACUCCAUGCCUACCACUACUUUAAGCGUAAAGGGAUUAACAAUGCUUUAGUGCGACAGUAUGAACCUAUCUGGGGCAACGGCGCUCAAGCGGGAAUUCGGCUUCACCCGUAUCAUGUUUCAGAAUACAAGUUCAAAAAUGAUAUGAAAACAGAAAUACCUGAUAUUCAUCAAUGCGUUGGAAUUCAAACGAAAAUUAAGGAGAUCUAUGCCUCACUUCCUAACGAAGAACUAUCAAUAGAGGAGUUGCGUUUCCAAAAACUAAAAGAUGGGACAUUAAAACGUCACAUCAACAAGAAACAUGACGACGAUAUGCUGAUAGUAGAUAUGGACGAAACCAUUAUUGAAACUAAACGUAUAUCCAUUGCUCCUCCAAGAGGCCCUAUUCAAAAGAUUGCAACUACUAAGUCUGUGUUUCAUAUAAAACCUACUUCGCUUGAAAAAAUAUCAGAAGAUCCACCGUUAGUGCCAUCUAGUACUAAUAGCUCACCGGAAAAAGUUGAAGAACAGUCCGUCAAAUAUACUGGGGCAAUAAAAAAAGAUAUAAACAAACGUCGUUCGGAAGAAUCGCCUGGUUUGAAUAGCGGACGAAGAAAAAAACCUUCGUUUGAAGGGAAAGCCGCAUCCGAUGAAGAAACAAAGUUUGUUGCGCCAACCGACGUUAAGCCGAAAAUCAAAAUCACAAUACCGAUUUUUGUCGAUGAAGAUGAACCGACCGAGACUAAAGACACCAAUAAUUACUAUCCAAAUGAAACUUGCUCAACACAAAUGUUCAAUAUGUUUGUUAAAAGUCAAAGUACUCCGGUGGAUGUGAAAUCCAUCAGAUCAGCUGAAACCAAUUUGACCCGACAAAAGUUGUCUUUUGAUGCUGGCAAAGACAUGAAUCAAAUUCAACAACAAGAUGAAAAUAUCGCUCAGUCAGAACAGCAAAAAAUGAGAGUAAGAGAAGACAGUUCUGAUCCUGAAUCGGCCGCAUCAGCCAGUUCGAAUGUCACUCAAGCACCAAAGCAGUUGUCUACGAUCAUGGAACGAACUGAAACUAGUACUAUAUCUGGUGGAUGCAGUACGAAAUCGUCGGUUCCUUCCCCACCUUUUGAUGAGUUCAUUUCACCCAGUACUGCAUUUGAACAAGAAAGGUCAAUCAAUCACAGUAACGUGAACAUGAAACAGGCAGUUAAAAAUUUAACUUCUUCGGAUGCAGCAUUUAAAGUGCCAGAAACCGCCCAAGAUGUGUUACCAACAAUCAAACCGGUUGCAGUAAGCCCAUUCAUCAUACACAUUGAUAGCACAGAAACUAUGGCUAAAAUUCCACUUAUCUCUCAAAAUGCGAUACCCCUUAAAAAUAUGCCUGAUGAUAAAGAAAACAAAGAAGGUUGUACAACGCCGAUUACUGAAAAUGUUUUCCAAAUACACGAAGAUGGUACAGCAACUACAACCAACGUGUUGCGUAAAAAUAUCUCUGAACUACCGCAACGAGAAGUUGGUAUGAGUUCACUUAUGUCAUUUAAAAUGACCACUGAGAGAACUAACACUGUUCCGCUUCCGCUUGUUAAACAUGUACCCGGACCCUCCACCAGACUAGCGACUAACAGCGAAAAACCACCCAAUGCUGAGGAUUCUCUAUUUGAAUUACUCUUAAAAACACCAUCGCCUAAAAAAGUCAUAGUUCCAAAAGGUAUACCUGUAGGCACAAAAGUUAAUAAAAUUACCGACAUUCAUAAUCAUUCGUCGUUUGAUCUGGCUGAUUUUUCCAAGACUCCCAAGAAAAAAAAUGUAGCAAUAAUUAAGCAGGAAAAAUCUCUCGAUAUAGAAUCCGUUUUGAGUCCUCCUAAAACAGUCGUCAACGCCGAUCAAAAACCCUUAAUUAUUCAAAGUGUCAUGGGCGCGAUUAAUUUGGAUGAUUUCCCUUCACCACAAAAUAUUCGCUCGUCAGAGGAUUUAAAUACGGAAAUCUUUUCUCUCAACAUGGCCAACAUGAAAAAUUCCACCCUACUUCCCGGUAGAUUCACUCAAUUUGACAUUCCUGACCAGCAGAGAACAGAAAUUAGUCCUGAUGUAAAAAAAAACCUGGGUGGUGAUUUGGAUCACGAUAUUAGUAUGAAUGAAGUAGAAAUGUGUAAAUUGUCCCUGGAGGGUAAAAAGGAAACCAAUGAAUUUAAAAUUCCAGCACCUUUGUUCAAAUCACCGCCAAUUAUAGAUUUAAUAGAUGAAUGCGACAGUGAUGAGCUUGGAAAAAGCAUCUACAUACAGAAACAAAUAAAUCUAGAGGAAAACACACAAAAAUGGGAGGAAAUCGAUGAAAACUUCAAUCCAGCCAACAACCACUAUCAUCGAAAAGAGAUUGACCUCAACAGUACAACAAAUUUCAUUCAGUAUCAUACAAAUUUUCGAGAAAUUGAUCCUUUUGAUCCAAAGCUACAAGAAGCGUUCCUGGAAAAGCUCGAUUUUAUGGGUUACAUUGAGGACCUGACAACGUGCACUCUCGUGAAUAAGGUUCAACCAUUAAGUAAAGGAAUGGUUCUGGAAAUCCGUGACGAAAAGUUCGCAAUAGUUAAAAAAAUUGGAGAAGGAACAUUUGGAACUAUCUUUUGCGGCAAAAAACUAAAAAACGGGGAGACUAUUGCAUUGAAACAAGAGCGACCGGCGAAUUUAUGGGAAUAUUACAUUUGUCUUGAACUCAGAAGCCGAAUCAAUUACGAUGAUAUUCUACCCGGUUUCAUGGAAAUAGAGUACGCUCUAGUAGGCAAUAAUGCCAGUAUAUUAGUUUCACAAUUUUCGAAGUAUGGCAAUAUUCUGGAUGUGUGUAACUUGAUAAAACGCACAACUAACAAAAACGUUGAUGAGUUUAUCGCUAUGAUCAUUACGACGCAAAUUUUGUCAAUCAUUGAUCAUCUGCACAGUUGCAUGAUAAUCCACGCCGAUAUAAAACCAGAUAAUUUCUUAUUGAUGACACCAAUUAACAUGGAUUCCUCGAUUCCUUGUGUGCAGUUAAUAGAUUUUGGCGUGUCCAUUGAUUUGAAAUUGUUUCGACCUAACACAACAUUCACAAAGGUGGUAACAACCGAGUGCUUCACAUGUAUAGAGAUGAUCGAAAAACGUCCUUGGACAUUCCAACCGGAUCUGUACGGUGUUGCUGGUACGACACAUGUUAUGUUGUUUGGUAAAUACAUGGAAGUUGAAAAGGAUAUUAUCAACUGGCACAUCAAAACACGAAUGCCACGAUACUUCCGUAAACACGUUUGGGAUCAUUACUUUGGCGCGUUACUCAACAUAAGAGACUGUAACGAAAUGCCCAAUUUACAGAAAUUGAGAAGCAUAUUGCUCGCGCAAAUAGAGGAAAAUGAAAAAUACAUACGUGAUAAAAUAAGCGAAUUUAAUCAAGCUCUUCUGUCUGCUUAGAUGUAACUGAAUGUUAUUUAUGACGCAUACAAUUGAUAAUUAAGACCUAGGAUUUAGACUUAGAUGUGAUAGAAUGUUCUUCAAAAACCAUAAAAUUGGUGAUCGAAAAUUUAAAGCCUAACAUAAGAGUCCAUGAAAGAUAGUUACAAUGCUUGUAUAAUAAAUGUAAAAUAUGUGUUCAAUGUA